AUGCCCUUCAUCACAAACAAACCUCUCGUCUCCUCAACCCUUCACCAAACCCGCACACGCAGUAACACCGACCCCAAGCCCCCUAAAACAUCACAUUCCAAUUCCACAUCCAUAGACUCGGGAUAUGCAAGUGGGUGGGGAACCAUCCAUUUCUGUUCCAAGGGACCAUUCAAUUCUAGACGAACCUCUAUAUUCAAUGACGAACAUCUAACUUGUGAGGGUCAUCCUGUCAUUUUCGAGUAUGGGGAAGAUAUCAAAGUGUUUUAUAUCGGGGAGGCGAAAAUCGCGAAUUUGAGGGAGACAAUGGGGAAGAGUCGGGAGGUUUUUAUUGGGAAGGCGGCGCGGAAAAGUAAAUCGGGGAAUAAGUAUAAGAAUGCAAAUAGCGCGAGUCGUCGAGACAGCCAAAAUUCAGGAAGGCUUUUCCAAAAACCGAAACCGAUUCGAAGAGGAAGGAUGGUGAAAGAUGAGAAGGGUCAUGUGAGAGCGGUGUAUGAAGAUGAGGAACCAAUUGAUUUGGGGAGGAGGAUUGCCAGGGAAUCGAUUAGGGAUAUCUCGACUCUUCUCAAAGUGCCGUUGAUGCCUGUUAAAAAUGCGAUGGAUGGAGAAGGUGAACAUAGUGUUAGGGCACUGUGGAGUUGGGGAUUUGGAAAUUGA